AUGGAUCAGAUAGAAGAGCUUCGGAAUAGUAUUACCAGCGAUGUCGAUCGCCAGGUCACACCUCUUAUCGACAUCCUUCGCGCUCAGAUCCAAAGUCUCCGAGCGACAUCGCUGUCAAACCGAGCAGAUUCAACACCGCUCAUCCUCCUCAUCGAAGCGACCAAAACCCUCGCUUCCCGAUCCAGAAAAGUUCAUGGUGCGAUAGUCAAAUAUGACACGUGGGAUGCUGCCAUCCGCGCAAAGCUCGCCAUUGACGGACCAGCUAUUGGAGAUUCGACAGCACAAUUCUAUCAUGUUUACAUGAAUCUCUCGAGCCAGGUCCAAGCAAUGGUUUUGCCGCAGCUCGCAACUGCGCGUGACAACGACAGCCACGACUAUCAGACCAUUCUUGACCAACUUCGUCGGGUAUAUGACAAUCCGAAUAAAGUUCAAGAGGCAGAGGACCGCCUCCUUUCCGUUCGACAAGGCGUCGACGAGUCCCUCGCCGCUUAUAUUGCCAAGUUUGAACGUCUCCUUUACGAGGCCAGAGGCCAGCAUUGGCCGGAUAUCACGAAGAUCUCAGCCUUCCGAGAAGGCCUUCAAGCUACAAUGCGUAACCGCCUCACUCAGCAGCUGAAUCUACCGCGAACAUACCCAGAAUUCCUCAAGAUAGUCCAGCAACUCACGGGCUACUCCUUCACCAACCAUUCGAGCGCACCAACUCCUUCGAAUGGUCACAACUCCGAUCGGAUGGAAAUCGGAGCGAUACAAGCUAUGCUAACCGCCGCCGAGGCCAGCGAUAGCGAAAGCGACUUGGAUGCCACAAUCUGA